UUCAACAACUUGAGAACAGAAAAAACACCGAUCCAUUCCCAAAAUCGGAUUAUCCAAAGGGUUUUGAAGGUUUUUUCACUCUGUGUGAUCUGGAAAGUUGUCAGCUUUAGCAAUGUCUCAGAAACAUCUGGAAUCGUCACGAAGCUCGAUUGAAUCUUGCACAUUACAGCUCCUCUCAUGGCGGCCAUUUCACCGCUCCAAAACCCUAGACUCAUCUGACCAGUCGCAGUCGCAUAAACCUUACGGCUCCAUUUCGACCAAGCGGCCUUGCUUCUCCGAUCGCUCCACUUCCUUCUCCAUCGAGGCUAUGAGCCGUCUCUCUCUCGCCGACGACGACAACAACAACAAUGGAGGCAAGUUAUCAGCUUCGAAUUACAACAGUAAGGGAAGUUUCCGGUUAGUAGCGAGAAAGCGGCGGCGUCGAAAUUCGAGAUCGGUGUCUGGUCGGAGUAGUGAUCGGAGUGGGACUCGGAGAUGCUGCUCGAUCGGAGCUCAUGGGACUUGCUCGGAUUUUCCUUUCGCCGUCGGUACGGAUUCGAGUGGAGAGCUGUUCAGCGAAGCGAAUUGGGCUUCCGAUGUGAGCGAGGCGAGGAGAGAGCGGCGGGAUUCCGGCGGAGAGAAGGAAGCCUCCGGAUUUGGAUUCGCCGUUGGAAUUGACCUAAUGGGUAACGAAUCUGGGUAUGGGAGUGAGCCUGGGUAUAGAGGAGAUGCUGAGUUUGGUUAUGGUGAUGAAUUCGACGACGAAGAAGAAGAUGUGAAGCCAUUGUUUUGGGGAGAUACAGGUUCAACAAUGGAGAUGUCUGGUGAUACGAAAUUCACAGAGAGUAAACAUCAGUUCAGGUGCCGUCGCAGAAGACAACAUGACUACAAAACUGUUGAUUCCAUGAGAUAAAACACAAACAAUUCCAUUACUGUCCAAUCAAAGCCAAGACGGACUUUCACCUAAUGGGGGAAGCUUUCCUGGUCCAAUCCAAAUGCGAUUAGCUCUCAUGCUCGCUAUUAAUUCGCAGAUAUUCUUACCGAGUCUUUUACAGAUACCAAGACAAGAGGUGUGUUGGAGAAACUUUCCAGGUUUGUAUGUAUUUUGCUAACACCUGAAAAAUUAAGAGCUUCUCUAGCAAAUUUUUGGAGAGUAUGUACCGUUUUUUUACUUUAAAGUUCGAUUUCUCAGAAGUAA